GACCUCACAUGUCAACAGCUUCAUACGCGACCGCUGAUCGCAGGCUUGCGCCUUUCACCUACGAAUCGUUAACACCAUCCCCUCUUCAGGCUAUCAGGAGCAGGUCUGCGAUUGCAAUUCAUCAGCCAUUGGACCUGCCGUACCUUCGAUCCACGCACACCUCAUCACCCUGAGCUCAUCAUGGGUAUGACAACCGGCUUCCUCGGAGGCUUCACCCUCACCUCGGCCAUCCUCUACCUCUCCAUCUCCCUGCACGCACAGAACCGCGCGACGCAAGCUGCGUUGCUGCGCCAACAGCGCAACGUCCUCACAAGCUUCUACGAGCCCAAGGAGCCCGAGCGCGAACCCAGGGCGCGUGAGGUGCCGAUCGGGCUGGCCGAGAUGGCCAAGGACAGGUGGAAUAGGGUGCUGGAAGAGUCGGUGCAGGUGGCGUACAACACAGAUUGGAGGAGGGUCAGGGAGAGCGCUGAAGACAGGGUGAGCAACAUUGCACAGAAGAUCAGAGAGAGCGGGAAAUAGGUGCGCUGUGGGCGAGAUAGCUGGACGAGGCGUGCGAGUGAAUGCGACGAUACCCUUCUCACAGCGACCAUUGUGGAACUGCUAGCUGCAUCGAAAUUCCUCAAGUAGGGUGGAGUGUCGCUUCUUGCGUGCCUUCCGAGUAUGCGACUCAACUCUGCGUGUUUCUUGUGUCACAUUCUGCCCUCUCACCUUCACUUCAGCACUUUCACCGUUAGACCACAAACUCCUAUAAUCCCGACUUUUUUGCCUUCUGCACUUUCACCAUUUGACCACAACAUCCCUCCG